AUGGUGCAGGAUGGUGAACAACAAAUCUUAGAUUGGAAAGAUCCUUCUACUCGCCAUCUAGCCCACAAACACAUUUACGUGCACGGACAACAUUUGUAUUGCAUUUUUCGCACCGUCGUUAUGGCGUCACCAACACAAAUGGCGCCGUUUCCGCAUCCGCUGCAGAACAGUAGCAGCCGUAGUGGCAGCGACAGCAAGGAGAGUGGCAACGGCCGCGGCAACGGCAGCGGCAGCGGCAGCAGCAGUAUUACCGGCAACAAACUGCAGUGCCACACAGCAACCUCACCGCAACCACACCUGAGGCGUCUACAAUGCGCAACCACUAUUAUCAACGCAGCCAACACCAACACCAUCACCACCACCACCGCCACCUUUGCCACCAUUAGAGCAACACUGUCAUUGUUUUGUCAGUUUCUCACGGUAUUCUGCAUUCUUCUAACGGCAACCGGAUGCGUGCGAAUGGCACGAGCACAAGAUGAUCCACUCACCGCCACCAAUGCCGUCACUGCGCCUGGUUACCUCAAUGCGCAACCCUCAUAUGCAGACGCUAUGCCAAGCGCAUUUUAUUGCCCUGCCGAGGGUUUGUACGCCGACGACUAUGACUGUCGUAUCUACUAUCGCUGCGAAGCGAAAACAAAUGACUACAUCAAAGCAUACGCAUUCGCAUGUAAAGUGGGCACCGUUUUCUCGCGCAAACUGCGCCUCUGCAUGCCACCCCAGUUGGCUGGCCGCGAGGAGUGCAACGAUUACAUGAACGAAAUUGAUACGGACAAUGGCGAUAAUGGUGAGGAUGGCCAACAACUGCCGCUACUGACAUAUGGUAUUGCCAAUAACGGUAAUGGCAUACAUGCGACCGCAAGCAAUACUGCCGCUGCCGAUGGCGCUGACGCUGACGCUGUCAAUGCCGCUGUAACGCGUGGUCAAUUGCAAAACUAUGGGCUGUCAGGUUUGGGCGGCGUUUCUGUUAUUUCCUUUUCCACAUCGGCGGCGCGUUCGGCGGAUGGCAGUAGGGCAGCGGACGAGCAAGGACCUCCUUGCGAAGAUGAUGGAUUUAUGAGCGAUCCAGACGAUUGCACAAUCUUCUAUCGGUGCAUUUCGAAUGGACGCAGUUUCAAUAAAAUCGGUUUUCGCUGCGCGGAUGGUACCGCCUGGGAUGGUGUGAUGGAAUCAUGUAACCACAUACACAAUGUACGCGCCAGAGGUGGCUGCCAAGGAAAAGCUGAUAAUUUAGUAUUGGCAGACUAUGCAGCGGACACAACUCAAUCAAGUCAAACCAAUUAUCAGAAUACAACAUCGAGUAGCAGCAAUAGCAGUCAGCAAAGUUCUACCAGUUCUUCUUCCAAUUCGUCAUCGUCGUCUACAUCAUCGUCCUCCUCAUCGAAUUCGACGAGCUCAAAUGCAACGAGCGGUACAGCUGCUACGGGUAAUCAACAGCAAACAGGCACUCAAUCAAGCAGCACUGAGAGUAGUUCAUCCAACUCGCAAUCGCAAUCGAGUACGCAGAGCUCAAGUUCAAGUAGUCAACAAUCAUCGGGUUCGAGUACCAGCUCAUCGUCAAAUUCAACUUCAAAUCAGGGCAGCGAAAAUAGUCAGGUCGGAAAUCAGUCGAGUAGCAAUAACCAAUCAAGUGGUGAAGGCUCACAAUCGAGUGCCAACAAUCAGUCAAGCUCAAGCAACCAAUCGGGUGGUGGUAAUCAAGAGGGUAGCAAUAACCAAUCGAAUGCGAAU